GCAUGCUGUCAAUCUGGAUUCUGGAAUCUGGAUGUUUACAAUUUGACAUUUCUGAAAACACGAAUAUCAAUAAACAGAGCGUACGUAUUUAUCAGGCUGUACUCCUUCUUAUUUUGAAUUAUUUCAUGUGAAAAUUGUGAAUUAAAAAAUGGUGUCAAGUGAAGAAGAAACGGAGGUAAAAGCAGGAGAUACAAUGCAAUGGGACGUAGACAUGGAAAUCCAAUUGUUUUACGCCAUGGCCAACCACAAGCCGGUUGGAAUAAACAAACAUUUUCACAUGGCUGGCAUUUGGGAGAAAAUGUCUAAUUCUAUAGCUAAAGAAAUAUCUACCCAAGAUAUAUGGAAACAUUUGGAGAGCCUCUACGAUUUGAAUUUACUUGAAGAUACGGAACCUAUACCGUUUCCAAAUCACGAAGUACCGUUCAGUUUGCCCGAAAGCGAAUUUGGGUCCCUUAUGAAGCAAAAAUGCAAGGAGGCUAUAUUGGCUGAAGACAGCGAAGAUGGGCGGAGUCCUUCACCUAAGCCUUCAACACCUAGAAGCAGUUCUAGGGGCACUGCGUCUAAAGAUAGUACACCUAAAGGCAGCCGUAAGGACAGCGUAAGUGCUCUGGCCGCUAAGACCCGCAAGGAGAGCGGCAGUUCCCACGCCUCCACCGACACACCCAGUAUCAAGUCUGAGAAAGAUUAUGGUAAGGAUCGAAGGCGUGACUCGCGCGACUCAAACGCGUCUGGGCCGAGAGACAGUUCGUCCAGCAGGAAGUCUACAUCACAGAGAGAAAAGGUGUCAAAGUCUAGAGUUAGCUCAGUAGCAGAUGAAGACAACAGUUCUCGGCGCGGACGCCGGCGAGCCAACACGUCUACCCCGCCUGCGACAACGCCCGCCAAGCGCCGGCGCACCUGACAUACAACUGCGAACACAUACCACCACUUCUUCUGACACACACAGCCGCGUGCCUGGUGGACUAGGCCCCAUGCCUCGUCUAGGCCAGGCCGAGAACGAAGAAGUCACGCCGUCAACAUAUUCUUCUCGUAACUUUGUUUUCCCUAAAUUGGGGCAAAUUAGACUAGAAAAAUCAUCGUGGUCGGUCUGUGUAUAUAUACAUGUUUGAUUACAAUGACUCUCCGAAUUCUCAUGAACAAUUGUGGACUAUGUGGUGUUUAAUGCACUGAUUUGUGAUUACUUAAGUGUGUAAUCGUUAGUUUUAAGGUAAUAAAUAAUUCCAUAAA